AUUGGAAUAUGAUUUUCUUACAAUUCUGGUGGACUCUGAUGGUGCUGGGUGGUUCCAAGUUGCUCCCGGCCGACUCGGAGCCGUCGAGCAGCGAGAAGUUGCGCAGCUUCAAUCGGGCCGUUAAGGAGGCGCGCGGCAAGAUUCAGGAUCUCCACGGCCAGGAUCAGUACCGAAGACAGCCCAGGCACACCAUCGACGAUAUGCUGGCCAGCUUUGCCCAGACCAGCAGCGGAGAAUCGGAGGACAAUGCCAUGGCGGAGGCAGCCAACGCCUGGUAUCGGGACUUCCAGGCAGGCCACAAGCAAUCACAUACUGUCAGUAAACAGAGCGGCACGAGCUACGAAAGUAACUACCUGAAGGAUAUGCAGAACACAGAGAUCGGCAAGGUGAAGCAGAAGUACAAGGAUACUGCGGUGGAUCCCAUCAUUCCAGUGUUCGAGACCACCAUGGCUCCCUUUCAGUACGGUGGUAGCGGUCUCACCUACCUGGACAUCAAGCUGAAGCAGGCCCAGGAGAUUCUAAACGAGCAUGAGAAGACUAGCAAAACGGAUCCAUACAGGGUGAAGGAGUACCACAAGAAGGCAGAACUCAACGACGAUCUACCGGAGUUUGAAAACAGGCCAGUGCCGGACGGGUUGUAUGAGCAAACAUUGCUCCGGCUCGAUUCGCCCAAAUGGAGGCCCAACAAUCUGUUGCACGAGGCCAACUACAAGCUGUCUAAGAUCGAGCAAGAGGCCUCUGAGAACGCCCAACGGAAAAUUCCGCCCAAGGGCAGGGGCUUGAACAAGCGCAGCUCCUAUCACGGCUUCAAUCCAAUGAACGAGAUCAAGCUAAAGACGAGCAACCGCCUCAUGCUCAAGGGCAUGGGACCCUCGCUGCCGAGCAAUGCGCUGGUGGAGAGCCAGCAUGCCCAUUUCGUGGACGAACUGAUAAAGGGCCGGGAGCGGAAAAUGAGACGGGAGCAGGAGCAGCAGCAGGAUCCAGAUCUGUAUCUGGAUCAUUAUCAGGAACAGAAUCAAGAGGGAUACAUGAGCGAUGAUGGUGAACGGCGGCAGCAGUACGAUGGCCUCAGUCCGAUGACCAACAAAAUGAGGCAGUCUCCGGAGGUUGUAUCCUCCGGUGGCCACAACAUGUUGGAUCUGCCCCAGAGCUACGACUAUCGCCUGCCCCCGUACGAUCGCUUCCAUGCUCUCAGCCAGCGGCAGAUGCCCAACAUGGUCGACUACUUGCAUCCCAAUCGCAGGUCCGUUGGGGAGCCGGGACGCUACAAGCGGGAGCAUACCUUAAAUAUGACCGUGGAAACGACAGCAAAGGUGGCCGUGAAUGAGCCAGGAACUAAGGCCGAGCAGCUGGACAUCCCGAGUGUGUCUGCGCUCAAGGAAAGUGAACCAAAAGUCGAAGAACAACAGGAUGUCAAAGUGGAGCUGGAUAAAGAGCCAAUCGACAGCAAGGUGGUGGGUAAAGCUACUGCUUUCGAAAAGGUGCAAGUCGAGGCUGAUGCAAAGUCACUGAAAGUGGGAACGGACAUUGAGGUUAAGCCUACGGAACCUACAGAGUUGAACGAUGAUGCUGUAUCUGUAUCUGAGGCGGACAUUUCAACAAAGCCGGAGGUGGGCGAAAGUGCUCAGGACUCAGCUGUUAAGGUGGAAAGCAACGAGGCCAAGACAAGGCUAGAAACAGAUGCCAUCACUGAAGCCGAGGGUAGCCUGGAGACCCAGGAUAAGUCAAACAGCCAUGCCGUCCUACAAUCGGUACUAGAACAGCCACAGGUUCAGGAGAAGUCCCAGGCGGCAGCCAGCAUUGAAGAUGCAGUGCUGCAGGAGAGCAUCAAGCUGACUCUGGAGGAGUCGGUCACGUCCAGGCCAGCCGAUGAGGUUUCCCCAGAGCCUGAGAGAUCAAAAAUAGCACCAGGUACUCCCCAUUUGCCCAAUCCCGAUGCAGUGGUCAAACUUCUGGCCAAUGAGCUGUCGCAUUUUAGUGGCGACAAAGAUCGCAACAAGCGGCACAUCCAAAGCCUACGUCGUCGCUGGUUUCCCAGGAAAAACAGGCGCUCCAAACGGUCCAUCGGGGAAGAGCAGCAGCCCCCGGAAUGCCCCGAGAGAGCCAAGCGCAUGGUUGCUCCUCUGCUGGACGACCUGGAGGACCACAAUGGGAAUCACUUGCAUUUUGGAGACCUUGGAAGUGGCCUUCUUAUGCCCGAUGUCGAGGAAGAUACCGAUCCUUACGGAGAGGACGAGGCCAGUCUCUAUGAUGCUUCUAGCGUUCAGGUGCCCAUGAUGAAUCAGCGAGCUAAUGGAGUCUACCAGUUAACGCAGCAGCCUCUGCAGAUACCACAGCAACAGCAGCAGCAGCAACAGCAGCAGCAACAGCAGCAGCAGCAACAGCAGCAGCAACAACAGCAGCAACAGCAGCAGCAACAGCAGCCGCAACAGCUACAGCAACCCUCCAAUUUCAAGGCCAGCUUCAAUUUGACUAACUUUUUUAAUGAGCUUCAGAAGCUGCAAAAGAAUCGUCCGCUUCAGCUGCAACAGAAUCGUCCAGCGCAGCAGCAGCAACAACAACUGCAGCAGCAAGAGCAGCAGUCACCGAUUCAGCAUCAAUAUCUGGCACAACAGCAACACUUUCCACAGAAGCCAUAUCUGCCAAAACAGCAAUACCUGCCACCUCAGCAACAGGCACCUCUACAGACCCAGCAAAAGCAGCUGCAAGCGCCGCCGCUAAUGAAGCAAUCCGCAGUCCAUCGAUACUUUGGUCCUUUCUUUAACAAGCAGGUCAAGAACAAUAUGUUGUCCACAGUGGAUCCAUGCAUUACUCAAGUUGAACCACUGACACGGCCCUCAGUGUCCAUAACCAUUGAUCCCAAUUGCAUAUCAAUUACAACGCCCGUCCCCAACAUGAUGACGGAGUCGACUACACCAGGGUUUGGUGAAAACAAAACGAGUAAUCCAUCCAUGACGAAUACUACCGAUACGUCAACGAAUGCAACGGACUCAGGAGGGGCAGAUCAGGGUAAAACUUCUGGACCUGCUGUGCCGACCGGCGAUGUCUGCAAUAGUCCAGAUGCCCUGAGGUUGAACGUGUCCAUCAACGCGAACGUGUGCGGGGAUCCAAAGACAAAACAGUUCUAUGGCAACGGAUCAAUCAACAUGCAGCCAGCCUUCGAUCAGAUGAGCACCGACUUGAUGCUUGAUUGGGCGGAUUCGGCAGAGCACGGGAGUGACGAUACUUUAAUGCAGAAUGAUGAUCGAUAUGCACGCGAAGCGGGUAGAAAUUGGAGGGAUAAUACCGGCCACAGAAGGAAUAAUAGGUGGGGCAAAGAGAAGUCCAAGGGAAAAAAGGAGUACAAGCCAGAAUCGAGCAGAUGUAGUGGAAAUACCAAAUCCUGUGAUGACAGCUUGGAGAAGCUUAUAACUGGCAAAACGUCGGAGGACAUUGUGUCGGCCGUCUUUGAGGCAGUCAGCAAUGAUCCGGGCAUGGAUCGUCUGUUGGCCGUGCUGGAGCGCAAUCGCAAGGGCUCCCUUAAGAAGCCCAAAAACUUCUAUCAGAUCAGGAAUGACAAAAACGAUCAGUACCUGCAUCAGACGGAGACCAUGGUACGGGAGACCAUGGCGGCCAUUAGCGACAUCAUCGACAAGCAGGUGCGGGUUCGGUCCUGCAUUCCCCUGCGCCCAGACCUGAGUGAGUUCUACGACCUCAUCCUGAAGACUAUGGAUGAGCAGAAGAAGUGCCGCGAGAAGCGAGAGAACGCGCUGAGUGGUCUGGCCGACGACUUCAACCAGGAUGUGGGUUUACUCGAUAGCGACAAGAUUGAUUCCCGGUCUCGCAUUGUCAAGAAACUUCUGCGUCAGUACGAGGAGCUUCCACUUGCAGAUCAGCGUUCGGCGGCCAAUGUCCGAGAUGAACUUCUCAUGGACCUCAUGUACCUCCGCAAAAUGGCAGACUCCGUGGAGCGCAGGCAGCGAAGUGCCAAGCUGCAGGAGGUGCUGCGGCAGACCAGCAUGAACAACGUCAUGCAGGCGCGCAUCUCCAGCGAGUACUCGCCUCGCUUCAUCAAGCUGGUGAAGACCGCAGAGCUCUUCAAGGAAGCGGGCGAGCAGCAGGCCAGGGCCUUUGUGGGACUCUAAGGUGGUUAUUUUUUUAUUUUUUUAUUUUUUCGUUGAGUUCAUUUUACUAUUAAAUAAAAUUCUAAAUGUCAAAUCAAAA